GACUCUUGAAAAAUGGCAUUGUAAAAUCAUCUCCAAUGCCACCACGGACACGUCCUGAAUGCGUGGGGACUGAGGACGUACUCGACCUUUCAUGUUUAACUCUUGCUUUCUGAUGACUUUGUCAAUACGAUGCUAGUUGAUGAAUUGGUUUUUUUGUAGGAUCCUAAGUGCAUUAUAUGUCAGCAAUAUCAGUUGUAUGUGAUUGUAGGCCAUCUGCUUUUGUUUGUCUUGAGCACUGGCAACACAUCUGUGAAUGCAAACCCAGCAAACAUUGCCUCCUUGACCGUCAUACAUUAGCAGAGUUAAGUGACUUGCUGCUCACUGUCGAUAAAUACAAUGGUGAGGAGACUCAAAGGAGUAAGGUGCUCCAGCAAAGAUCUUUCUCCAGCGAAACAAGUUCUUCAGCGAAAAAGGUAAAAGGUGGCCAUGCUACUUUGGCUCAUCUUGCAGAUCAAUGGCUGUUGCAGUCAACCGACGCUCUUAAAAAUCCUUUCUCUAAGGAUAUUUAUCAAAAACUGUUGAAAGAAGGUACGUACCAUGGCAAAGAAGUUAGUCGACGUGCAGAGGUGGGCAGAAGGUGUAAGAAGUUGCCUCGCAAAAUUGAAAAUCAUUCUCUGGGCUCUACUAAUGCUUUGGAGAGGGCAGAUUUAGAAUAUGUCACUGAAUUGUUGAGUUUUGAUACCAUGCCGUGUAACGAGCCUGGACAUCUUAAAUUGAAGGAGUAUGCUGAAGAGGCAAAGAAGUUGGCCGGAGAGAUUGAAUCUACUCUUUUGUCAUCUUCAAAGUUAUUGGAGUUGGAAAACCUUUACGAUAGAAGCUGUCGCUUAGGAAUCCUUGUCAAAGGAAGCGAGAAACUGGCACAGAAAAUUUCUUCGAUGGAGGAGUGGCUUAAUCGUGUUCGAAUCUGCCUCUCGGAGAAACGUGCUGCUGCAAUUGAGAUCAACUCCCUAUAUAAGCUGAAAUCAGAGGUUUUGGCCGCUGUCAUCAAGGCAAAUGCUUCCAGAGAGCAUGAGAUUCUUGCGGAAAUUAGAGAUGCUGUUUUUACGUUUAUUUGUAAAAUGGAAUCGAAGAGAGUUAUGGAUACCAUGCUGUCUCACGUGUCAGGAUAUUGUAUAUUCGGUCUUUGCUCGCUAGAUCACCAGAGCUGUAGUUUAUCAAGGUAACAAUUUUGGAUAUCUUCUCUAGGCUUCAAAAUUUGCAAGAGCUAGCUUAUGGGGCAAAUGAACUGCACACUAAAGAACAAGAUUGAUGUUUUCGUAGGUUAUUUGAGUUUUACCAUUUUUAGUUCAGGGGUUGUUCAGUUUGAGCGUCACUUUAGGGACCAUUAUCGAAGAAGUUUUGACAAUUUGAAUGAGAGAAUUUAAAUGUGA